CACACCUUAACGUACCCUAACACCAUUGCAGCGCCCCCAACGGACUUCUCAGGGCACCGCUUCAGCAUCGUGACUCUGGACUGGUAUCCCUUCAUGGACUUCAGGAGGGAUAGCACCGAGUCUGCCACCACUGUCACCCCGCAGGACUCCCUCGAUGUUAGGAUACUGAACACCCUAACGCGGACUCUCAACUUCACGUACGAAAUGCGAGUGCCGUGGGAUGACCAGUGGGGAACAUCAACACCUAGCGGGAAUUGGACUGGCGUGGUGGGAACACUGCAGUACCACAAAGCAGACUUCUCCCUCCUCCUAUCGUGGCUCCGCGGUCGCUAUCAGGUAGUGGAGUACUCCCGCAUUUACGUCAACGAGCCUAUAGUGAUGAUAAUGCUGAAGCCUGGCCCUCUGCCGCAGUACCUCGCGCUCAUUAGGCCUCUCUCAGGAGAAACGUGGGCGGCCCUUUUCCUGUCCACUGUCUCCGCGGGGCUCAUCCUGUGGGCGCUGCAGUGGGCGUGGGGGCGGGCGUGUGGGCAGACAGGCCUCUCGCUAGACACUUCAAUCCUCUACACCUGGAGCAUACUGUUUGAGGAGCCUCCGCCUCACAUCCCUACUAACAUGUCCGGCAGGAUGUUCGUGGGGUGGUGGUGGCUGUACUGCACCCUCUUCAUCGUGGUGUACCGGUCCUCCCUUAUCGCGCACCUCUCAGUCCCGGGCACAGCCAACGCGAUAGAUUCCUUCGAGCAGAUGCUGGACGAGGGGGGCUGGACGUGGGGGUAUGAGCCAAGUUACGGCGCGGGCUGGGAGUGGUUCAAGACUAACACAAAUCCUAUUAUCAAGAGGAUCUAUCAAGGAAUGGAGGUACUAGAGUUCCCGGAGCAGAUGGAGCGGGUGCUGAAGGGACGCCACGCCCUCAUCACUUGGAAGUACAAGAUCAAGUCCUUAGUGGCAGCCCUUUACACUGACGAAUAUGGCAACACCCCGAUCUACACUGCCCGCCAGGUGUAUUUCAACUACGGAGGGUACGGGUGGUGCUUCAGGAAAGGCGCGCCCUUCAGGAGAGCCAUAGACCUCCAGAAGCAGCGGAUGAUCGAGGCUGGGCUAAUACCGCAGUGGAUUAACGACCUAAUUGGCACCAAGGCGAAGAAGGCACGUGACCAGUUUGGCAAGGAGACCUCCCUGGAGAAGGACUGGGCCAAGAAUCUCCAGCAGGACACGGAAGGAGAGAGAGUGGUGCUCAGUCUAAUGCACCUCCAGAGCGUCUUUAUCCUGCUGGGUCUUGGCUUCUGUAUCGCAGUAACUGGAUUAUUCAUAGAGAUUAUAGUCCAUGCCUUCGUCAGGAGAUCCGAGGCCAAGAUGCACGUGGUGGAGGGAGGAAAGCUACUUCCUGAACCCAACCAAGAGUUUUUGAAGCAACGGAACGCCUUCACGCCCACAGACUUCACGCCCACAGCCUGCCACCUACAGCCGCCCACAGCCACCCACAGCCCUUCCUCCACCUGCCCCUCUGCCGCCCUCAACUCUUUGGAAUAA